AUGGCUCCUAACGAUAAACAAAACGGAAAUAUCUUCGAUACUGCUAUCGACACUGCCAAGGCCGGAAUUGAUAAUGUGCGCGAGAAGUUCAGCGAAGCAAACAUCAAAGAACAGAAGGAACCAGAGCCAACAACCACUGACAAGCUUGCUGAUAAGAUCACGGACGUGCGUGAGAAGGUCAACGAAGCCACCAAGUCUGAGGAACAGAAAGAGGCAGAGAACAAAACCACCACUGAAUGGAUCGGUGACAAGAUCACAGGUGUGCGCGAGAAGUUCAGCAAGACUGAAGAACCGAAGGACAUAGAGCCAACUACCACUGACAAGCUUGCUGACAAGAUCACAGGCGUGCGUGAAGACGUACGUGAGAAGGUACACGAAGCCACCAAGACGGAGGAGCAGAAGGAAGCAGAGAAGAGCAUCACUGAAAAGAUCGGUGACAGAAUCACAGGCGUGCGUGAGAAGGUGAAGGAAGCCACCAAGUCUGAAGAACAGAAGGAGGCCGAGAAUAAGAGCACCAGUGAAAAGAUUGGUGACGCUCUACCAGGAUCUGCGACGGAAGCCGGAUCAAAACUUGGCGGUGCGAUCGAUUCGGGUGUGCAAAAGGCCAGGGAUACCAUCAGCGGUCCCAGCGAUGAUAGUGAAAAGAAGUAA